AUGGCCGCCUUUCCGGCGCCUUGGGAAGGUGGUAUCAAGGAGAUUGAGAUAUUUCAGGCCGCCAUGCCCGAAGCCUAUCUCGUUCUCUGGCGCCAGGGCCCACCCGACUUUCCUAUCGAUGCGCAAAUUCUCGGCAUUUGCGGCGUUUCAGCUGAGAAUGCCGACCCAAACAAGUACGGCUGGAUGGUUGCCGACUUCCUGCAUUGGAAGACGGCGUUCAACGCAGUCCACACAAAGAAGCUGCAGGUAAAUGCGAAACCAGAAUGCAGGGUCAGUCGGCAGAUCGGGCUCAGCUCUCUCGAUAUCUCAGAGUUCCUUGCUGGGAUUGACGGCGUCGAUGUGGUCAACGAUGGCAUCAUCGACAAGGUCGGUGACAACAACCAGGACAUCUCGAGUAUCCCAAAUGAUAACAACGGCUUCGAGGCGGAAUUUUUGAAGCGUCUCGCUGCGAGCGCCCGGCUUGCGGCCAUGCGGAGGACCACGUUGGUCGUCGUGAUCUUCGCUCCCAUCACCCCGGAGCAAGACAUCUGUGACGCCGUUAACGAUGCGCAGCUUCCGAUCAUGCUCGUAAUCCUCUCUCCUUUCACGGGAGGCUGGCUAUGUCGCCCAUCGGUUCUGAACCCCGCGUGCCCGAAUUAUUACAACAUGAUGCGCAUCACUGCGAAAUCUUGCGGCGGUGCCUUCGCCAGCCGUUUCAUUCGGUCUUUCAUUGAAUGGAGCGCGUCUUUCAUAACGCAAUAUCAGCGCGAAAAGGUCAAGUACGACGACCCGAUGCCUCUCCGCCCAUCGGAGCUGCAGGUCAAAUCUUUCCAUCAGUUCCAGCGUCAGAUCCAUGACCGGACGCUGCCCGGGACCCAGCCAGCUUCGUCGACUCCUGGACUGAGUAUGCCCCUCGCCACGGUUAUCGCCUUGAGACGGGCACAACACUGGGGUCAGCCCCGUGCCGCCAUCAACUACGCCAACCAAUUCGAAUCUUUUGGAGAGGCGUUUGGUGGAACUAAGGAGCUGCAGUCCUUCCAUCUAAACUUCUCCCAGGGGCUGAUGCCGGAUGAGGACGACGUCAUGCGUGUCUUUGACGCCAUUGAGUUCCGCGCCUCCUCCAAUAUUCUCGCGAAGAUGGUAGCCAAAGCUUUCAACCUUCCGCUGCCCGACGAUGUCAAGUGCCGGUAUUGGCAUGACAAGUCAGAUGGCGUCAGCGACGAGUACUACAAGAGAUUCCAGGACGGCUUUGGUCAUGAAUUCAAGAAUGUGCGAUAUCCGAGGGCUGCCCGCUGGCUCGCUGCUGCGACGGCCCUGCGCUUCCAGAACGGCUCUCGCGAGGACAUUGCGAACUUUAUGACGAAGAAUGUCGCACGCUUCAUCGACAAAAUUCGGGGCACUCAAAAGAUGCUGCUGUUGGAAGACCAAUCGGUUCAGCGCAAGGGCUUGAACUGGAUUGCUGCCCUUGGCUUGGGUGGCGAGGUCCAAGAGUCUCCGACCAAGGCUGUCGUUUCGGAACCCGAAGUCGCUGCUGCCUUCAACUUGGCUGACGAUGUCCAAAUGCCUCCCAUUGAUAUUCCCACCCGGGUUGCGUCUGGGGUUCCCGAUACCCACAACUUCGAGCCUGGGAAGAUUCCCUACUUUGGGCCGCUGCCACCUGGCUUCACCAUGCCAUCGGACGCCUUCCUUGAUGCACAAGCCGCAUCCGCCCCUCCCAAGAAGAGUGCCCCGAUCGUCAUAAAAGAUUCAGGAGGAGAAGUCAUCGACCUUGCAGCCGCCACAAAGACUUUCGCUUCUCCAGCCCCUGGCAUCCAGCAAACCAACGCACCCUCGGCGACGAUCAAUGCUCCAGCGGGCGGGUCAUCUAAAGGAGCCAGCUCCCAAAAACGCGAAAGCACAUCCUGA